AACAGACUGCAUAUAUACAUAUACUUUAUGAUCGUGCUUAUAGCUUUCCGAUUAUCGCAACAGAAUUCCUGCUAGUAAUAAUUAACCUGAUGUUCAUUCCGUGCCGCUGCAUCAGUGUCAGUGUACCCCUCUCUCAGUCGUAAAAAAACCCACAGAGUUGAAACCUUAUUGAAUUAGGAUGAUAGGAAAACAUCAGCAUCUGGUGGUUAAGAGAAAGAGAAAACAUGGAAGUGCAGACUGAUUCGAUUGUUUGAGAUUGUGGCAUUUCUAAACAAUCUCAUUUCAUUCAAGAAUCUUACAAGAUAAUAUACAUAUAUCCUGCAGUUUAUUUAAUGUUUCACAAAAACUUACAACUUGCAAUAAAAAAAGGCUUCACAUCUGCAAAUCCCAAGUCUGCAAGUGAUCUUUCAAAAUUUGACAAUCCUUGGAUGUCGAGUACGCCUGCGCUCUAAUAAUGACAAGUAUAGCGUGUAUCAAUAUUUAACGUUUUAUCCACUACUACUCAUUAGUCAUUCAAAGGAGCUGUGUAAACUUUAAAAGUAUCAUACAUUUCCGUCUUACUGUCCGGAAAUUCAGCGGAUUAGUUUUCACUUCUGAACAUGGCCAUCAGCUUUAGUGUCGGGAUUUCAGUAGUAGUCCUUUUCUGUACCCAGCUACAAAGGGGCGAUGCAUGGGGGCUUCUAACAUUAUUCAAGUCUGCUACGCCGACUGAAGUUUGUUACAAGAAAUACGGUUGUUUUAGCACAGAGGCACCUUUUACUAACACCAAAGGAAUUUUACCACAAACUCCACAGUCUUUAGGAGUUCGUUUUCUGCUGUAUACGAGGAAAAACCCACGAAAAGCAAAAAAGAUAAAGAGAUGUGGAAGGAAAGAAGUGUACUUAGACACUCCAAAACUGACCAAAGUAAUCAUUCACGGUUAUGUUGAUCGGGGACGAAAAGACUGGGUGAAGAGAAUGACAAGGGAAAUAAUCAAGAAUGCAGACGUGAACGUGGUAGUAGUUGACUGGAAGCGAGGCGCAAUGACGCUAAACUACCUCCAGGCGGCCGCCAACACUCGUCUUGUGGGCGUCAUUGCAGCUUUAAUGGUUGAGAAACUUAACUACACUUAUAAUAUAGCGCCAUCAAUGAUCCACAUCAUAGGGCAUAGUCUUGGAGCACAUAUAGCAGGAUAUAUUGGAGAAAGGGUCCCUGGAAUAGCACGAAUAACGGGAUUAGAUCCAGCUGGCCCUGCUUUCGAGGGAGCAGAUUCCCUAGUCCGCCUGGAUUCUUCCGAUGCAGAUUUUGUAGACGUUAUACACACGGAUUCAGAUUCCCUUAUAAAUACAGAUUUACAACCUGGAUUUGGGACCAAACAGCGAUUGGGAGACAUUGAUUUUUACCCAAACCACGGAAAUAAUCAACCAGGGUGUGCGAAUUCCGUCCAAGAUCACUUCAAAUUAUUCUUCUCUGGAAAUACAGAUUUUAUGCACCUGGUUAUAUGCAAUCACUUACGAGUCCUAAGACUGUUUACAGAGUCUAUCAACGGACCAUGUCAUUUCCGGUCGAACCCAUGCACUCUGGAACUUUUGGGACAUUCCGGGUGUGACACAUGUGGUACUCGUGGAUGUGCCAUAAUGGGAUAUCAUGCGGACAGGAAUCGAAAUAAAACAGGAGUUUAUACCCUUAUUACAAACGAUAAAUCACCCUUCUGUCUGCAAUGAACUUAUUAAUUGUUCACCAUAUAGUAUUUUAGACGAUAUAAAGUCCAAGAAAAUAAUGACUGCGAAGUAGUGUACCACCAUAGUAGUGUGCCACCAAGAUAUGAUCUGUAUAAUAUUCGGAAAAUCCUAGACAUGACACAAUUUGAUUUUUGUAUAUUGGUAUUUAAUCCAAAGAUUGAUAUGCCUGAUCUGAAGAAAUUGUUGAGUUUUGACUGCUUAUAUUUUGUGAGGUUGUCAUGUACUGCUAUUUUAUUUCUCCAAAAAUAAAAUAAUAAUGCUCCUAG